CCUUUUCUCCGCCUCUCAAUCCUACCCAAGGCCUGUUCGGAUACCGCCGCGGCGACAGCGCUGGCAACACGGAAGAAUGAGGCGGAUACUGUCGUGAGGUUAAUUAAUUCCAAUGUGAAGAUGAACUAAUGAAGCAAAUUCCAGACUGGGAGAUGUAGGUGAUUGGCUGAUGUGAAUACUGAACAGCUGGCAACUUAAAUCAGUGGUAGUGUUUUCACACUGAAUUGAUCAGAAAGAUGAAAUGUGGACUUCCAACUAUUUUAUCAAAGUUAAAGACAUCUAGUAGUGAGAGUGCUAUUUUUGAUCUGGAUGUAUGGUUUGUAGAAAUGACUUUCUCUUGUACUUGACAUAACCAGCAUCAUGUGAACAAAAUAAAACACAAAGGAAAAUGCCAAAGAAAAAGAAAAAUCUAGGUGUGAGCCCAUCAAGAAAGAACAUAAAUUCAGAGACAGUUACAGCUACUGCUUCUGGCUUGGUACCCCCUCCAGUAGAUUUAGCAAUGUCUCAAACACCAUAUGGAAUUGAUAAAGAAAAACUCAUCAGCAAUCUUUCAGAAAUGUUUUCUGAUUUGGAUCCCACUGUCAUUUACAUGGUGCUGUCUGAAUGUGAUUUCAAAGUGGAAGAAACUAUGGAUUAUCUAUUAGAAUUGUCCACACCUGUUAAGGGUAUAACAUCUUCAUCAGAAGUCUCAGGUUUUGAUUCCAUAUCUGCAUCACUGGUUGGUGAAAAUAAGUCACAUUCUGUUGAGGGCCAAAGUUCUGCUAUUAAAAGAGUUGUGAAAGCUAGUGAAGAAUCAGAAAAGUCUUUGUCAUCUGAAGAACUAGUUUUCUUGCUACAUAAUCCUUUUGGGAAACAUAAUCUAAAUAAUGAAACAAGGAAUACAGAAAAUGACUGUGUCUCAGGUAAUAUGUCUCUGUCCUUGGACUGUAGUAGUUCUGAUUGUGUUAAGGAAUUAUCUGACUCUGCAAAGUCUACUUCAGAUUAUAAUGCUGCGCUUUCUUCACAACAAAUUGAAACAGACAUUAAUAUAUUAGAAACCUGCUUUGCUCCAUUAAAUCCAGAUUGCUACAGAAUCUCUGAAUUGUUUUUUGGAAAACCAAGCAUUCAGGCCAAGGAUAACCCAUUAGAUAAUGUGGAUAAUUUUGCACAAAUCCCAGAGAAUUGUAGUUUGCCUGAAGUAGUACUUGACAGUGCUACAGUUCCACUAGUGAACACCGAAGGAUCUUGUACUGAUCCAGGUCAAAUGCAAAAUGUUUUUUUGGACCUUACAACAAUAAAUGGCAUUCCUGCUCAACAGUGCCAGGGACUCGUUGAUUUUGAAACAAGUGCAUUUGACCAUUUUAGGCCUUGUUCACAGGAUACUGAAAAACAGGAGAAUGUAGUUACUGUUUGUAAUGAUCCUGAAAACACUUCUGUUCCUGACUUAUGUGCAGGAUCUAAUUUCAAAUUAGCAGCUUUAUCAAAUGUUGACCAGCCUCAUCCACAAUUUUCUACCCUUUGGAAACAUUCUCAAAAGCCUACCUUUUAUCCUGCCUUUUAUCCACAAAGUACACGUCAUAGUUUUGUAACUCCAGUUGCAGUCAGCCCUGGGAAGUGGAGCCCUGCUUCAGAUUACAAGAAUCUUGGGAAUAUGUGCUCCUCUCAAGCAUUUUCACAGUCCCAGGAUGGCAAGUUUUCUCUCCCAAAGACAUGGGGAAAUAAAGAUGGAAGCCAAAAAAUGAAUUUUUCUCAAGUACAGCAACUUUCUGGUUGUCACAUGAUGAGAAGAAAGACUCCUUUCAUAGGUCAUGUUCUUGUUCUUCUUAGAGGAGCUCCAGGAUCAGGCAAAUCAUAUUUGGGAAGGACUUUGCUUGAGGAUAACCCUGGUGGAAUCAUUCUUAGUACAGAUGAUUACUUUUACCAAAAAAAUGGCCAGUAUCAAUUUGAUGCUGAUCUUUUAACUGAAGCACAUGAGUGGAACUGGAAACGUGCCAAAGAAGCAUUUGAAAAAAGGAUUACUCCUAUAAUAAUAGACAACACAAACACACAAGCUUGGGAAAUGAAGCCUUAUGUUGCUUUGUCGCAGCAACACAAAUAUAAAGUUAUAUUUCGUGAACCGGAUACUUGGUGGAAGUUUAAACCAAAAGAACUGGAAAGGCGAAAUAUUCAUGGUGUAUCUAAAGAAAAGAUCAAAAGAAUGUUGGAACGAUAUGAACGUUGCCUGACUGUUAAUUCAGUUCUGAAUUCUUCAGUCCCAGAUGAAAUGAAAAGUACAACCUGUGAUGAAUUUCUUUGUCAGAAAAAAGGACAAGGGAAGAAAGGGACACCUCCUUAUGGGAAAAAUGAAGAACCUUUGUCUUCCCUCUUUAAAUGUGUAGAACUAAAUACAGACAAUCAGCAUAUGUUAGAGAAAGCUGCAGCAGAACAUCAAAAUCUUAAGAAUGAAAAGCAAGAUAACAAGUUACAAGAAUGUAAUUCUGAGUGUAGAAUCCAUCUUGAUAACUUGGAUAUUUAUACAUCAUCAAGGGGAGACAGAAUGGAUUUUUCUCUUGAAACAGAAAUAAUUAAACCAGCUGUCGUAACAUCUGAGCAAAGCUCAAACUCAGAUUUCUGUGUCAGAGAAAACAUUCAGGAGUAUGAUUACAACCACUCUGAAGUUGAAGCUGGAGCAAAUCAGUGUACUGAAGUAUUAACAGAAGCAAACCUAAUAGAGACAAACAUUAUAAAUGGCGCUUUUUCAAAUUUUGAGAAAUCAAUUAAGCCAGAGAUGUUAAAUUUUGUGGGAGACUGGCCAGUAGAACAAACUAUGGGGCAGAGAGUUAAAAGAGCAAGAAAGUUAGAGAAACCUGUAAAGAAUGACAAGGAGGAUAAAGAUAUAUGUAUGCCUGCUAUUAAUUCAUUAAAGAUUCCAGAUGAAGAUGAAAAAAUAGACGUGAUUGAUAUUCAAAAGGAGCUGUCAGUUUCUGAAACUAAACAGGAUGAGAAAAACCAACCCUAUGAUGUUAAUACAGAAGAUGCAUCGGGAUUACUGAUAGUAGGGGACUGGCCUGUUCAAAAAUCUUUAGAGCAGAGAAAACAAAAAAUGAAAAGGAUACCCAAGAGAAGUCUUAGUGAAUCAGAAAGCAGUGGAAAUAAUCAAUGUGAUAGCAACAGAAAUGUUUUGAAUACAGUGUCCAUCCUUUCUGGAACAACUGAAGGCACUGGAGAGCUAGAAGUUUCAUCAAAUAAAGUAAGUUUUCAGAGUCCUGAAAUCUCAGCUUCUGAAACUGUUAGAGAGAAAAAGCCUGCACAGAGUAAAAGAACACGCAAGCACCAUAAAUUAGCCCUAACAUUUACCAACAGUUUGACCCUCAGAAAACCAGAGGAAGAGUUGCCUCUAUUUAGUCUAACAAAAGAAAAACCUGAUGAGACAGAGACCAGCAAGUAUUCACAGACAGAGCCCCAAGACUUUGCUCUCCUAUGGAGACUUGAAAGAAAAAUGAUUGAAUUCAAUGAGGAUAUUAAAGUGAUACAUGGAAAGUUAAAUGGAUUUGUACCAAAAGGAAUUGAUGCUACUUCAAAUUGUCCAGAAAAAAUACCCUAUAAAGUAACCUAUGAGAAAAGCACCUAUGUAGAAGAAAGUGAACUUGUCAGUAUUGAUGAAUCUGAAAAUCUAAAUAUUUUGUGUAAACUGUUUGGUUCCUUUUCAUUUGAUGCACUGAAGGACUUGUAUGAAAGAUGCAACAGAGACAUUGACUGGGCUACAGGGAUCCUGUUAGAUUCUACUGAGAAGCUGUGCAAAGAUGAUGAUGUGUGGUGUUUACAAGAAGCAGGAGCUCAACCUCAUAUAAUUCGUGACUCCAAGGAAGCUUCUAUUUAUGGAGGGAGAUUUGGAGACUCUGAGGAGAACCCCCAAGUAGCUGUAACUUCAAAAACAUUUCAGGAUUCAGAAACAAUGAAUCUCACAGUUGAUGACAGAAAUGAUAACACUUCAGAUUAUUCCAACAAGAAUUCCAAUCAGCUUGCUCUAGUUGCUGAGGUGAAAGAAUCAGAUAAAGAAAACCCCCUCUUAGAUACUGUGAAAACAUAUACAAAAAAUAAUAAUUCUGUUAAAACCCUAUCAGAAAAUGGGCAGCAGAACAAAGCCUUGCAUGCUGAAAUGGAGUUAUCUAUUCCUGUGACUGUAGCUGAUAAUUUUCAUGGAGACACUACCACUUUGAACCCUACUUUUGAUAUGAAAGCAGACAACAGUUCUUCAGGAAAAUAUCAAGAAUGUUCAACAGUAGAAGAUGUUCAAGACCUGUUGGCUGAUAUAAUACUUACAGACGACUUGGCAAGCAAAGAAGGCACAUUAGAGGAGUGCAAAGAAAUAAAUUGCAACUCUAUGUUUUCAGAUGCAGCACAAAAAAAAGAAGACAACGUACCUAAUCAAGAUGAUAUCACAAAGUUAGUGAAUGCUGCUCAUGUAUCAAAAUCUGUGAACAUAGAUUGCCUGGAAUUGGUCUUACCUCCAGAACUAGCCAUUCAGUUAAGUGAAAUAUUUGGACCUGUUGGUGUUGAUUCAGGAUCGCUAACUACUGAAGAUUAUGUGGUUCAUAUUGAUCUGAAUUUGGCCAGAGAAAUUCAUGAGAAAUGGAAAGCAUCUAUUAUGAAGCGACAGAAGAGAGAAGAGGAAUUACACAAGAUCCUUGAAGAAAAUCCCAUGCUGUUCGAGCAGCUGCAUCUAGAUGAUCUGGAUAACACCCUUUCUCAACAUACUAACUGUCAAGCACAACAAAGUGAAAGACUACCUGUAGAGGGACAGGCUGACAGCUCACUAGCUUUAGAAGUUCUUCCUUUCAUGGAUCACUGGAACGUCCAGACACAGAAAGUAUCACUCCGACAGAUAAUGUCUGAAGAAAUUGCAUUACAAGAAAAACAAGACCUGAAACGUUUUCCUUUCAUGGCUAGAAAAGACUGUGCUGCCAAGCUGAAGGAGAAGCAGCUCCUGGAGAUAUUCCCAACCAUUAACCCAAACUUCUUAAUGGACAUCUUCAAGGAUUACAAUUAUUCUUUGGAACAAACUGUCCAGUUUCUGAAUAGUGUUCUAGAAGCUGAUCCAGUAAAAACAGUUGUAGCCAAAGAAACUGCUCGAGACGCCACCCUCUCUUCUUACAGUGCUUCAAAGACUCGAGAUAAAAAGGCCAAAAAGUCCAAGGAGCCGGAAGAUGUUCUCAGUGAAAAGGCAUUCCAAGACUUUGAAUAUCCAGGAUAUAAUGACUUCAGGGCUGAGGCUUUUCUUCACCAGCAGAAUAGGCAAGAGUGUCUGAAAAAAGCUGGGGAAGCAUAUCGCAUGGGAAUGAAGCCUGUAGCAGCAUUUUAUGUGCAACGGGGUCGCCUUCAUGAGCAGAAGAUGAAAGAAGCGAACCAGGAUGCUGCUAUGCAAAUCUUUGAGAAAGUGAAUGCCUUGAAGCUGCCUGAAAACCUUCUAGACCUGCAUGGCCUUCACGUGGAUGAAGCUUUGGAUCAUUUGUAUAGAGUCCUGGAGGAGAAAAAACAAGAGUACAGCCUGGCUGGUGGGAAGCCAUAUCUCUACGUGAUCACAGGAAGGGGAAACCAUAGCCAGGGAGGAGUUGCUCGCAUCAAACCAGCAGUUAUGAAAUACCUCACAAGCCACAAAUUCAGGUUCACAGAAAUAAAGCCAGGCUGCCUGAAAAUCAUGCUGAAGUAAAACGAUGCCACCAAGAAGGCUGCAGAAGCUGAUACAACUAAGAUAUGAGCAACUUAAAAAAAAUAUCAGGCUUAUUGUAUUACUUCAAAGAAUAAUAUUUUACUGGAAAUGUUUUAACUUAUUUUUAGCAGGUAAUUUUGUCAGCAUGUUUUCACCUCAUCAAAACUGAAUGGAGUAUUUGUUUUUAAGGGAAAUAAUUUUAUAGGUGUUUUGCUAUCAAAAAGUACAUUACUUUAAAAAGUGAACUUCUAAAGGGAAGCAAAGGUUCAAUUUUGAAAUAAUUUGUCCUCCUCAGAUUUGAAGGACAUCUGCAAAUGUUGCAAGUACUGUGCUUUUUAAUAUUUCCCUUUCUCUAAAUGGAUUUUAAAAUAACUCAUAUGUUUUAAGACUUUGGAUGUUCUGAAGUGAAGGCUUUGUUCUGGGGGAAACUGAUACAAUGGAUCUAGUAAUAAGCAAUAAUUAUUUUUCAAACUUUUGUGUUUUCAUAUGACAUUUAUUUGCCCAUUUGUUGUGAAGAAGAGUAGGGAGAGGAAAAGUUGAAUUCAUCUUCAGUCUAGAAAAAGUAGUACCUUUUCUAGUAUCUUGGUGAAUUAUACCCAUUAUAUCUUACUGCCUCUCAUCCCUUUAGCUUUUACUUGCUUAAUAUAUUGGAAGUAUUGGCAACACUGCUUGCUGAAAUGGUAAAAUUUUGUUGUGAAAGGACAGGGUCACAUAAUCAUUUAGAGAUCUUAGCCUUUAUCUGAGCAAUAAGAAGAAAUUUCUGUUACUGAUAUAUUCCAACCACCAUGAGAAUAAGUGGAAUUUCAAAAGAUUCAGUUGUGGUCAUAAUGCACUGUUUGGACACUGUGGAGUACUGGUGCUUGCAUAAAGUUCAGUGUGAACAGGAGCUUCCUUGUUCAUGUAAGUAUCCGAAUCUGCCCAUUUAGUGCAGUGACACUCUACAGAGAAAGCAUCCGAAUGCACAAGAGUGCUCUGCUCUCUUUACAGUAGAGUUCUGUUUGUGUAUUGUAACUCCAACAUGUGCAACAAAGCCUCGAGAAUGGAGAUGUUCAGAUUUUUUUCUUCAGGAAAAGAUAUACAAUGAAGUUCCAUAGUAUCCUGUCUAGAGCAAAAUUGUAUUUUAUAAAGAAGACACCAGCAAAUUGAAACCAUGUGAGAGUUUCCCAGCUUCAGUCAGGUUCAGGUGCUGUUAUCAGAAAUUCAGAAGUGUUCCUCAAGAGCAGCUGUUUCCAACACAGUGCUGCACUGAUGUAGCUCUUUUCAUCUCCCAAAUUUGUCCUCCUUGUAAUGCAGUUAAAAGUAUACAUGUCUCCUUGAGAUCAGGAGUUGAAAAGCUGAAGCACAGCAAUUUGUACCUUUGUGUCUCAAUUAUAUUGGUGCAAUCUCAUUUGAAAAAC